UGCGGAACGUCAAGACUAUCCAGGUAUCUUACCUAUCAAAACCUUAAAUUGACACGUGUAACUGAUCAUUCAUCUAUUUGUUAUAUCCUGAUUUGAGUGGCACGAUGCAUUCCGGAAUCAUACGGCUGUCAUAAGCGAGCAUACUAGGUAUACAGUUUAUAACAGACUCGAAACAAAACACACCAAUGGCUCAAUCGACGCAGGGGCGCCUCCUCACUGAUGACCAGAGCUUGCAAAAGCUCGGGUUGGACCGCUCUCAACCUGCGAGCUGGGAAGAUGGCCUGCGUAGUCCCGGCAUCGAAAGCGGAGAGUGGGAGUGGUGGUACGCCGACGCACAUCUUCAAGAUGGCUGGUUCCUCCAGGUGGCCUUUUUCUACAAUGCAGAAGGCCCCGGUCCCAAGACGGGACUCAUUGAUCUGAACAUCGCCAAGGACGGCAUGAAGCUAUGUGACUUGCAUAAGCGCAUUGGCAAUUUCCCUGCCGACUUGGUCGUGGCAAAAGAUCACUGUGAUCUGCAGUAUCGCAAGAGUUACUUCCGCAGCGUGAAUGGUCUAAGCGAGUAUCACAUCUUUGUCGACCCUGAUGAGAUGGAGGGAUUCGGCUUCGACGUGGCGAUCAAGAGUACUACACCAUCAUAUCGUCCGGGCUCAGGCCGGUGGGACGUUGACGGUCGUCACUUCUCAUGGUUCGUGGCUGUUCCAGGUGGCCAGCUCACCGGAGAGGUCACCGUCAAUGGCACCAAGACCAAGGUCGAAGGCAAUGCUUACCAUGACCACAACUGGGGCAACGUCCCGAUGGAGACGAUCCUGGAUAACUGGCUCUGGGGACGCGCUGAUGUCGGUGGGCUCUCGAUAGUGUCCGCCUCAGUGCGAUUCCGUCAAGAUUGUGGCGGAAGAGAGGUGCCCCUGCUUUUUGUCGUCCGCGGUAACGAGGUCCUGGUGAAUGUGAGCGAUGAACAGCUUGUUUGUCUGGAAGGAGUCAAGAUAGCACAGCCAGACACAGGCAAGCCAACUAGCUCCGAUUGUAUCUACCUUGUCAAGUCAACGGGUGACAACCUUGUGCAGGUUCGCUUUGAUGGCCAGAAGAAGGUGAUCGCGUCCUUUCCUUAUCCAACUACGAGCCAGGAGUGGGAGACAAGGUACACGAGGUACGCCGGAUUAGUAACAAUGAAUAUUACGGAUGGGGACAAGCGAGUAUAUGUCUCUGAUCAUGGCAGUUUAGAGGUUAUGGACUUCUUCGGCCGAAGGAAGGCAUAAAGGGAGUCUUGGCGAGGCUUUCCUCCAUCCUCUUUCCAAACCAGUGUUAAUUAGUUACUUACACGGCAGAUCUAGCUAUGAUUCAGAACUUGUGUACAACA